AUGUCUAAUUUGUUCGACGACGAUUUUAAUGAUGAUCUUAAUGCGAUGAAUACGGAUUAUUUUCCAACAACGACAAAUAAUCCUCAAAUACCAGCAGUAGAUGUUCAAGAAGAAAUGUUACUGUCUCAUUAUACUGAGGAUCAACAGGUGGCUAGUAAUGAAGCACCUGCCAUAGAUGAUGGAACUGAUACACCGAUGUCACUAGAUGAAUUACAAGAUUUUUAUUCAACAUUAGAUGCGUUUAUUCCAGUUAUACCAGAGACAGUAACAAAAUAUUAUAUGAGACAAUGUGCGUUACAAACAAAUGAUGAGAGAUUAGUGAAAUUAUUAUCAGUGUCUGUACAAAAAUUCAUAUCAGAAAUCGUGAACGAUUGUUAUCAACUAUGUAAAUUACGUGAAAAAACAACAAAUCGAACGACAACAACGAACACUAAUAAUGCAACAACAACUAUCACAAAUGCAAAUGUAACUUCUUCGUCUGUUGAUCCAACAAACACUAACACUAAUGAAGAAGCUACGACGUCUACACAAUUAGCAACAACAAUAACUAAAGAGAGAAAAUUGCCGGCUACCUUGACAUUAAAUGAUUUAAGUACGGUUUUAUCAGAAUAUGGAAUUAACAUGAAAAAAACACUGUAUUAUACGUGA